GAAUAGGAGAGGAUCGUUUCCUUGAACUCGUUGAUGGCGCAGCUGGCUGAGGCUGCAGUCGCUUCGACGGCACAGACGACUCUUCAGAAGGCCAUCCAGACUGACGAAGCUCUGGAUGACACGCUUUCCAUCUUCAUCAACCGCGUCGACGCCCACGUCAAUGCACGCCUUAGCGCUCUUUCCAACACCUUGGCCACGGAACUGAAAAGCGUGCAAUCCGAAUUCGUGAAAGCUAUCCAGAACGUCCAGGAUGAUGUCACUAAGACCCGUCGUUCUGGGAUAGAUCUCGCUCGCCAAAUGACUGAAGUCGUGGCAGAUUCGCACAACAAGCAAAUCAGCGCGAUGAAUGAUAUCCUCCAGCAAUUGACGGUUGGGGAGCAAACAGCAAACAUUCAUUAUAAGGAUUUGAGGAGAGAUAUACCAGGCGUAAAUUUCUGGAAUUUCGUGGCCGAGAAAUUAUUGGCCCUUGAGUCUAAGUGGGGUCCAGGGGAUGUCGAUGCGGAAGGAGAACCCGAUGUGACAGAACUGCAGGAUCAAUCUAAGACCCCAGGCGCUACUCUAGAGACACAUGCUCCUCAUGGUGCCUCACUUACUGAUGCUCCCGGUUUUUCACGACGCAAAAUCAAAGCUGUGCCGCCUUGUGCGCCUGAUGCACUAUCAUCCCCUAUGCGCCGUUUGCGUACGGUGAGCUCACUCCGCAAGGACGUAAACGGCAAGCCUAUUUGUAGCGCCCGUGACCCAUACCCUAGCCCAGUUUCACACAAGUCCCAAACCCCAACGGGACACCUCCCGGGCAACGGUUCGAAAUCCUCGAUCUCGCAAAGUAAUGCUGCCAGAAAAUGGAUUUCCAAGAAAAAGGGAAAUAAAGGUCGAGAUUCACUGAAGAGACGUCGCAGCAGUACUACCGCUUCGGACAGUCGACCACCCAGUAUCACGGGCAUAAAGAGAAAGAAAUACGAUGUUGACUGGCUCCCGCACAUUGCAGUCGAAGAGGGGUGUAAACCCUCGCUCAUUAAAUGUGAUCAAUGCGAUUCAUGGUAUCACACCGUCUGCGCGGGAAUGGAUGAAAAGUCAUGCGAUAUCGAAUCAAUGGUGUUUGUGUGUCAAAGAUGUGUAACUAAUGGCCGAUCUUCUACUUUCAGAAGAUCAAGUGGUCGUCGUUUGAAUCAUUCAGGAAACGCGUGCUCGAGGCCAGACUGUAGAGUACCGAGCACCAAGAGUAAGUUGAUGAUACAAUCCGAAGAGGAAUUUGUUAUAGAAGCAAUCAUCGGGCGGAGAAGGUGUCCGUAUCCUUUUCCUGAAGUCACUUGGCAAUAUCUUUUGAAGUGGGAAGG